AUGGUUGUGAUUCCAAUUUUUGUCACUGGGGGCGUUGGAGGAGUCCACAGGCAUGGAGAAAACACAAUGGAUGUUUCUUCGGAUCUCACUGAGCUUAGAAGGACUCCAGUAGUUGUAGUAUCUGCUGGUGUCAAAUUGAUUUUAGAUAUUCCAAGAACCCUUGAGUAUCUGAAAACUCAAGGGGUUUGUGUUGCAGCAUACAAGACAGACGAAUUUCCUACCUUCUUCACUCCAAUUAGUGGAUGUAAGACUCCUUGUCGAAUUGAUACCCCCAAAGAUUGUACUCGACUAAUUGAUGGGAACUUGAAACUGAAUCUCCAGUCAGGAAUACUUAUAGCGGUUCCUAUUCCACAAGAGCAUUCAGCUUCGGGAAACAUGAUCGAGUCAGCGAUCCAGCAAGCUAUGCGAGAAUGUAGGGAGCGGCGAGUAACUGGAAGUGCCAAAACUCCUUUCUUGCUUGCUAGAGUCAAUGAGCUUACUAGAGGAGCAUCUCUGUCUGCCAAUAUUGUGCUUGUGAAGAAUAAUGCAGUGAUUGGUGCUCAAGCUGCUAUUGCACUUGCGGAACUCCGUAGAGCCACAGGGGCUGAUUCAUGUUAA